AUGGAGGGAUAUGAUGAAAUCCCCAUCUUGAGUUCGGACAGCCAGAAGGAUAUAGAGAUGGUCAUCCCUCCCAACGAAAAGACCAUCUCUGAUGUGGAUUCCAGACCAUCCAGCGGAUGCGUUUGUGCCUUCUCCAAACAUGUAGAUGAUGUUCAUGAAUUAGAGGAUAGAUCCAAGUCAGCUGUAAAACUAUCUGGGCUGAUGAUUUUCUACUUGAUGGUUAUGACAGUUGAGAUUAUAGGUGGUGUAAGGGCCAACAGCCUUGCAGUUAUCACAGAUGCAGCACAUUUGCUCACCGACGUAGCUGGCUUUGCUGUAUCGCUCUUCACAGUGUGGGCUUCGGGUUGGAAAACCACUUCAGACCAGUCUUUCGGGUUCAGUCGCCUUGAGGUCCUUGGGGCCCUGCUCUCCGUACAACUCAUCUGGCUCAUCUCUGGAGUCCUAAUCUACGAGGCAGUGAACAGAAUCCUUCACAAGCAAGCAGAAGUCAAGGGUGGACUCAUGUUUGGGAUUGCUGCAUUUGGGUUCAUAAUCAACUUGAUCAUGGUCAUAUGGCUUGGUCAUGAUCAUCACGGUCACGCCCACGAUCACGGUCACGGUCACGCCCACGAUCAUGGUCAUAGUCAUCACCAUCACAUUCAUGAUCAUAACAAGAACCAUUUGCCUGCUAGAAAAGAAGACCAGGUAGAAGAGUCAGAGUUGGACCUGGUGUUAGGGUCUCCAAAAAAGGCCAAGUUGCUGAACAUCAACAUCCAGGGUGCUUAUCUUCAUGUAAUGGCUGAUCUAAUCCAGUCUGUUGGAGUAAUGAUCGCCGGAGCAGUCAUAUGGGCGAAGCCAGAGUGGUUGAUUGUUGAUCUUAUCUGCACCCUGGUGUUCUCCACGUUUGUACUGUUCACAACAUUGCCUAUGCUCAUGGAUAUCUUCAACAUACUUAUGGAGAGGACCCCACGCGACAUAAACCUAGUCAGACUGGAGAAUGAUCUGAAGUGCAUCAGAGGAGUUCGAGAAAUCCACGACAUCCACGUCUGGUCUAUGACAGUCGGUAAGCGGAUCCUGACUUGCCAUGUGAUAGCCGAGCCAGAAGCUAGCGCCAGGGAGAUGGUCAAUAGGAUUAAGGAUCACUGUGAGAAAAUGUAUGGCAUUUGUCAUUGUACAAUCCAAAUUGAGGUCUAA